CUCGUCCUGUCCCUCCUCCCUUUUCCACCCAUCCCUGGUACUGGUACACUUCUCACUCAGAUUCAGCCAUCCUCACCAGUCCUGUCUCGCGCUGAGCGUCUCUUGCUUCCUCCAGCCUCCAGUCCAGGCCACGCCUCUGUCCAACAUGGCCGGCACUGUCGCCGCCACAGCCACGGUCUGCUCCAUGUGCGGCGACGUCGGCUUCCCCGAGAAGCUCUUCCGGUGCGCGCGCUGCCGCCACCGCUUCCAGCACUCGUACUGCACCAACUACUACGGCGACAGCGCACCCGCCUCGGCUGGCUCGGACGACAUGUGCGACUGGUGCCUGAGCGACGUGGCCGGCGGGAAGGCGAGCAGGUGGUCGUCGUCCUUGUCUCCGGCCGGGAAGCAGCAGCACGCCAGCACCGGCCGGAACCAUGAGUCCUCGUCCGCCACGACCACCACGAGCUCCGCCGGCGGCAACAAGGCCAGCGGCGGCGACCACCAGGCCGAGGCUGCAGGGCGGCGAGCGGCGACCACCAGGCCGGCCGCCCGCAGGUACAAGCUGCUCAAGGACGUCUUGUGUGAGUAGUUUGACCACAUAUAGCUAGGUCACGGGCCGGGCAUGGGCCUCACGGUCUUGGUGAAGGUUCUAGCUGAUACAUCAAGUUCGCGACACGGACCCAGUAGUAUUAAGUACGAGGUACGACUAGCUACUGGUAGUUAUAUGUGACCUGCUACUGCUAGUAACCGAGUUAGUUGGCCUGAUGUGUGUAUAGGUUGUGUGAGUUUUUUGUAUAUUGUAUUGCAUGUUUGCUUGUGUGUUAAGAGAGUCUAUUAGUUAGCCUGUUUCUUAUCACCUAUACUAUAUGUAUAUAUAGAACCUGUCUUGGUUGCUCUUAAUUA